AUGUAUGCUGCCGAACACAACAUGGCCAUCGACCAGGUCACACUACAGAUGGUGAAAUCCUCCGAGUUGGGGCUGCAUCAUUAUGCCUGCAUUGGCCUGGACACCUCCGCGAGGGGGGCAGCAGGCCAGGCAUUGAACCGGGCCUUGGACAAGGAACCUCAUGUCAAGCACGACGUGUACAAGUGGUUGUCGGAGGACCUCAAGAAGAAGUUCAGGACCUCGUGGGCGAUCGAGAGAUCCUUCGAGAAGGUCGUCCAGCAGCGGACGAGAGUUCUGAGGAACGUUAACCGUCAGCAAGAGCUGGGCAGCUGGAAAUCGGAGCUUCAGUUGAGAGUCCACUUCGGAGGGGCUCACGAGCCAGAGGCGAAGCGACAGACCGACAACUACGUCGCGAUGUGCCGUCAGUUUGGGGAGAUCUUCUGCGAGUUUAACAGAUGGGCACGGGCAGAAAACUUCCUGCUCGUAGAGCGGCUGUCGAGCUCGACGCAGGAGGAAGAGUGGCAGGAGGUAGCCAGCCAGAUGGACAGCUCGCCAACUUACGAGACGGAGGCAUAUCAGUCGCGAGCACGCAGAAAGUAUGCUGCAGCGAAGGGUCUGCCGUUCGAGACCGUCACGCUGAAGCAGAUGGUCAUCACGGUGCCGGGCAUCGAAGUGGUCGAGGACGACAAGGAUGCAAAGGCCACCAACCGCAAGCCGAACAAGCGAAAGGUCCCCAAGGACUUCGAGGAGGCCCCGGACGAGGAUGCCAAGACGACCGAGAAGGACAAGAAGGGCAAGACCGACAAGGACAAGAAGGGCAAGACCGAGAAGGACAAUAAGAAGGAACCCGCCAAACCCAAGGCGAAGGCCAAGGCAAAGCAGGAGGGCUCGGUCAAGGAGGCAGAGAACGCCGCCAGGACGGUGGUGCUGCAGAUCCAACGUGCUUCGCAGACCGUGGAGAGGUUGCAAGCGGCCCUGCAUGGCGAGCAGUGGGCAGCCCCGCUGAUGAAGGAGUUUGACUCCCUGCAGGCGGCCUUGAAGAUGCAGGUCACGCCCACGGACGGGGACGACCUCGGCGAGUUCGUGAGCGAGCUGAAGAUUGCUGUGUUUUCGGGGACCGGUGCCAGCAGCACCAAGACCUUGAAGAAGGACUACAAGGAUCGCUACCUCCCGCUGCUCACCAUGUUCAAAGAUCGAUGCCAAGGUGCUGCCCAGCAGUGA